AUGACACAAGAGAUACGUAUUGUGGCCAUUGUAGGCUGUGGCGUGAUUGGUAUGGGAUGGGCAGUUCUAUUCCUUUCAAGAGGUUUGAAGGUCAUCAUCUCUGAUCCCGCUGAAGGAGCGGAAGAUGCCCUGAAGCGAUAUUUCGAGCAGUCACGGUCCUACCUGGAAGGUUAUGGAGACUAUGAUAAGCUUAUCUCCAACUAUGAGUUUGUUCAUGAUAUCGUUCCAAGGCUAGCUGAAGCGGAUUUUAUUCAAGAGAAUGGACCUGAGAGGCUGCAGUUCAAGAGAGACCUUAUCGAGACAUUGGACAAACACGCUCGACCAGGCGUUGUGAUCGCUUCGUCUUCGUCAGGUCUACCGUCUUCGGAAUUUAUCCAGCAGUGCAACCAGGAUCCUACCCGUAUCCUGAUCGGGCAUCCCUUCAACCCACCGCAUCUAAUUCCCCUAGUCGAAGUAGUUCCCCACCCGAAAACAAGCAGUCAAUCUGUCAAUACCACAUUAGGCUUUUAUAAGUCUGUUGGGAAAAGACCCAUCCUGCUUCAUCACGAAGUCCCAGGAUUCGUAUCGAACCGCCUUCAAGCCGCAAUCAACAAUGAAGCAUAUAGUCUCAUUAGUAGGGGUAUCGUCUCGGCAGAAGAUUUAGAUGCAGCUGUUUCAUCUGGGCCUGGACUUCGCUGGGCUCUCACGGGGCCAAUUGCUACGAAUGCUCUGGGUGGUGGAGGGGGACCUGACGGUUUUGCACAGCGCAUGGAAAGGCUAGGACCAGCGAUUCGAAGCUGGGAGGAUGAUAUUCUGGAGCAUAGGUUUAAUUGGAGUCAAGACAGCACAUUGGCUCUUCAGGAGAGUGUAAACAAGAGUUUGGGGUCUGUUGACUGGAAUAGAAUGGUCGAAGAACGAGACUUGGUACUCCUCCAACUCCUGGCCGCGAAGGAGAAGACAACGUCGAUGGGUAGAAGCACAUAG